AUGCAUAAUAAACAAAGUUUAACAAUUUCAAUAGCAGGGAAAUCAAAUGUAGGAAAGAAAUCGAUUAGAGAUAGAUAUCUAUCUAAUAAGAAUAAAGAUAAAUUGCCAAUCAAUUAUGCGAUGGUCGAAUUUCAAAUGAAUGAUGUUACUUAUAGGAAAUCACUUGGCUUACUAACAUGUGACAUUGUCGACAAUGGCAAAUAUAAAUUCUUUGAUGUCAUUGAUGCAUUUGUAUUGGUAUACGACGUAACUAAUUCAAAAUCAGUGGAUAUAAUGUUUAACUUUUAUAAAAAGAUAAUCGAUCACCAUUAUAAUAAUAAUAAACAUAAAGAAACAACAACAACUAUUUAUAAUUCAUCAACAACAACAAUAUUAACACCAAUAGCAAUCAUUGGAAAUAAAUCAGAUUUAAUAGAUUUUGAAAAUCAUCAAGAAUCAUCAGAAAUAAUCGCGAGAGUAGAUCAAUGGUGUGGAGAAAACGGUAUUAAACACAAGAUAUCAAUGAAUACGGAUCAUAGCUAUCAAGAAACGAACAAUAUCAAUACAAUCUUUCAACUAUUAUUAAAUGAUAUGAUGUCAAGAUAUACAAGUACAAAUACAAAUAUAUUAAGUUGUGAAGAACAACAAUCAACACCGUGCUGUACUAUUACUGAUAAUAAAGAAUGUGGAUCUUCUUCUUCUUCUUCUUUAUCAAAUGAAGAAUGUAAAAAUAAAUGUACACAAAACGAAACUAAUAAAGAACAAUCCUGUAUUAUAAUGUAA